UGGGAAAGUUUCUUCUGUCAUCUGUCUGAAGAAGGUGAACUGUUGACGGACGUACGCAGUUAAAGCAUAUAUAUGUCUCUUGAACAGAAUUCUUGUCAACAAUUUGAGCAGUCUAAGCAGGAUACAGUUUGUAGCUACAACAACACCACAUAUGAACCUGAGUGUGAAGUAUCAUUUGGAGAGGAUUUUACUACUGAAGAUUCUAUUUCUCCAAAGAAAAGAAAGAUUGAUAAAGAUGGCUUUUUAUGUCCAGCUACUCCAGACAUACCUUUGACCUCAAGUCAACAUGGACAACAGAAACAUGAUGCACAAGAAGAACCAGAAUACCAAGAACAUUAUGAAGCAGAAGAUAUUCACUGUGAAACAUCAUUACAAGGUCUGGCUCAGUUUAAUGAAGAUUCCAAAGACAGGUCAAUGAUGUGUAUGGCAGAACUUGUACAAGAUCUUGGACAGGAUAGUAAAAUGCUACAUAACCAAUGGGCUGAAACUUUUAGCGAAAGUGAAAACUUUGAGAAUUUGUGUCCAAUACGUUUAGAUAAGAUGAUUGAGCAGGCCAAGCAACUGGAAGAAAGUCUCCUGAAACAAAAAGAGCUACUGUGCAACAGACUGAAUGUUAUUUCACAUAUUAUAAAAACUAGUAUAACUGAAGGUCCAGGCGGUGAUAAUUAAACACCUUCUUAUCGCAGAUUGUAUUUAUAGGAAUCUGAUUUUCAAUUAAUGAAUUUUGAAAAUUAGGUUUUAAAUUAAAAAUUUGAAAAAGUUAUUUACAAUUCAUACAAACUCCUGCAUAUUUAAAUGUAUAAAAAUCCAAUUUAGAAAUUUCAAAGAAGAAUCAAUUUUGCUUUUUUUUUCUACAGAAUUGUGUAAUAAAAGCUUAUUGGAAGUUAAUUGAAAGUAAAUCACUAUAUUGAAAACAUGACUUUAGAUAUGUAGACUAAAUUAUUUUACAGAGAUAACAUUGACUAUAGUUUUUUUUUGAAAAUUGUCAUAUUCUUAAAAAUUAAUUAUUCAUGCAGUAAUAACAACGUAGAUUUAGUCGGUUUAAAUUACAGGGCAGUCAAUAAUUUGUAAAAUAUUGUAUUACAAAGAAAAUAUGAUAGAAUAUGUGACAUUUUAAAUGUAAAAUAAAAAUAAUCAAUAAUGAA